UUGAUAACCCGAAGCCAAAGGUAUCAAAGCGUCUCGUAUUUUGCGUCGAAAAUCAAGCUAAAAGUGACUAAAGAACAGCGGAAACUACCAAAAUAAUACGAAAAAGUGCUAAAGAUUAGUGGAAAAGUGAAAAGCAUUCUCUUAUGUACGAUAAAAAGGUGACACCGUGAUCUGAUUGACGAUGAAUAUUGUGUAUCCGCAAGGUUGUCGCCCCAUUUCCGAGGAUUUGGGGCAAGAUGAGUUGAUUCGACGUCUCAAGACAUUGACGCACACCCUGCAAGCCAUGGGUCAGGAUGAAGGUGUUUACGAGCAGUAUAUUCCGUUGGCGUUGCAUCUUGCCGAUUCGUGUUUUCUCGAGCACGCCUCGAAAGACGUCCAAUUGCUGAUCGCGUGUUGCAUUGCCGACGUGCUGCGAGUUUAUGCGCCCGAAGCGCCGUACAAAGACCAGGAACAGAUCAAGGGAAUUUUUUAUUUCUUGAUCAAGCAACUCAAGGGACUCUCAGACCCCAAAGAUCCGGCAUUCAAACGUUACUUUUAUCUCUUGGAGAACUUGGCGUACGUCAAAUCGUUCAAUAUGUGCUUCGAACUGGAAGAUUGUCAACAAAUAUUUUGCACUUUAUUCGCGUUAUUGUUCAAAAUUGUCAACGACGAACACAGUGGAAAAGUAAAAUCCUUCAUGUUGGACGUGUUAUGCCCCUUGAUCACCGAAUCCGACAACAUUUCAAACGAGCUUCUCGACAUCAUCCUGAUCAACAUUGUCGAACCACUGAAAACCCAAAAGAAAAACGCAUACACACUCGCAAAGGAUUUAGUUGUAAAGACGAGUGACACCCUCGAACCGUACAUCCAACAACUUUUUUCGCGUCUCUUGUUGAUGGAAAAGCCCGACAGACAGCUCCAGAUCUCAGCGAAGCUUUACGACAUCAUUUACGAGCUAAAUACGAUCGCGCCCAGUGUCUUAGUGCAAGUUUUGUCGCAGCUGGAGAUCAAAUUAAAGACCGCACAGGAGAGCGAUCGUCUCAAAGUCGUUGCCUUGCUCGCACGAAUGUUCUCCGAAAAAGGUUCGACUGUCGCACGUCAACAUACCGCACUUUGGCGCCAUUUCAUAGGACGUUUCAACGACAUUUGUGUCGUGAUUCGCAUCAAAUGUGUCCAAAGCGCGAUGCAUUUCUUGCUAAACCAUCCAGAUUUGCGGGCAGAUGUCAUUGAGGAACUUAAAAAACGCUCGCACGACAACGAAGAGACUGUUCGUUACGAGGUUGUGAUGGCGAUCGUUGAAACAGCGAAACGUGACGUUCACAUAGUCGCGGAAUCAGAAGAUUUACUGAAUUGCGUCAAAGAACGCACGUUAGAUAAAAAGUUUAAAAUACGAAAGGAGGCGUUAAAUGGUCUCGCUUUGGUCUACAAGCAGUUUAUGAUUGAUCCAAAUGCGAAUCCGGCGACACGAAAAAGCCUCAAUUGGAUCAAAGACAAGAUUUUGCACGGAUACUACAUGACAGGCAUCGAGGAUCGUCUGUUGGUUGAACGUCUAUUAAUUACUUGCCUAGUUCCUUAUCAAUUGUCGGCGGAGGAUCGGAUGAAGCGAUUGUAUCAGUUGCUUGGCACGUGUGACGAUAACGCGACAAAAGCUUUCAUCGAGUUGCAAAAAAAUCAGCUAAAAGUUCGAAAAUCCGUGUCGGAUUGGGUCAAAUUGCAUCGCAUCAAGGAAAUUACGCCUGCCGUACAGAAAGAGAUGAACAUCAAAUGCACUGCCAUUGCGAAACAACUGCCGGAACCCGUAAAAGCGCAAGAGUUUUUGACGCAGUUUAGCAGUCACAUGCGUCGCGAUGCCAAUUUGAUUCGCGAAAUGGAGACAAUUCUCAAGCGGGAUGUCGUUUGCAAGGAUUGCGCCGAUACCAUGACGAUCGUCUUGAAGAAAUUGGGACAACCGAUAAUGACAAAUUUGUAUUACAACACGGUAAAGAUGCUUUUGGAGCGAAUUGCGUCGGUUAUGGUCGAUCAGAAUUCCAUCGAAGUGUUGAUCGAUCUCAUUGAGGAUUGUUUAAAUGACGGUCCCAUGGUGAAUGACAUUGGCUUGCCACGCGAUUCCGUUGGCGAACGUGGAUUAAAACUCCUUUCCGUGCUGGCUUACGUCUUUUCCGCCCAUUUCCAACACGAAACGAUCCUCAAACACAUGAUUGUGCUCCUGAGCUUCGACGAGCCCUAUGUCGCACCCUAUAUCCUCAAAGCCUUUACGUAUCUGGGGCGAUACAAGCCUCUCGUUGAAUCAUUUCCGCAAAUUGUCGAGGAGCUCGGUGAGUUGUGUAAACUUUUUGCUGUGACCGGAACACCAAAGCAGGCAAAACACGCGAUUCGUUGCAUGUUUGUCAAUACGCAGUCGGAAAAUGCGACGUCAACUGCCACCGUUGAUGUCUUUCCCGAAAUCGUCGAACAACUAAAAGUCGCCCUAAGUCCCGAAAAGCCAAAUUAUCGCACGGCAAUUGUGAGUCUCGGACACAUUGCGUACAAUUUGCCGGAAAAAUUCAUGAUUCCCAUCAAAAAUAUCAUUUCGCGGAAAAUUGUCAAGGAGCUGUUAGUCAAAGCGACGGAGGAAAAUCGUGAUAGUGUCCCCGAAACGGAAUGGUGCGAGGAAGAUGAACUACCCGAAGAGACACGAUGCAAGGUUGAGGGUCUUAAAACGAUGGCACGAUGGUUAUUGGGCUUGAAAAAGGAUGUCGCGUCGGCACAAAAGACGUUCCGGAUGUUGCAUGCGUUCAUCAAACAGAAAGGAGAUCUCUUGGAACAGAAAAAACUCUCGCAAGCCGAGAUGUCGUGGUUGCGUUUGAGCGCCGGCAAGGCAAUGCUCAAGAUUUGCGAACAAAAAGGCGUCGGAGAUCAAUUUAAUGCCGAACAAUUUUACUAUUUAUCACAACUAAUGAUCGAUCCCGUUCCAGAAGUUCGUGAAAUAUUUGCCAAAAAAUUACACAAAGGAUUGAAUAAAUUCAUACCAUCAAAGUGUCUCCCGCUCGAUUUCAUGGGUUAUUAUGCACUUGGAGGGCAUGAAACAGACAGGAGAUUACUUCAACAAAUAAAGCAAAGUAUCGAGACAGAUGUCACGCGUCGUCGUGAAUACAUGAAGCAGUACGUGAAUGUGGAGCGCGCUAUGAAUCAAUUACCCUUGAUUUUACCUGAUUACAUGCUCGUGUUUGCCGUUCCCCUGCUAACGCACGACCCAAAUUUCACAGAUCCGGAAAAUCGUACGCAAUUGCGUACCGUCGAAAAGUGUCUGUGGCUCAUUCUCGAGCCACUUGUGUCGCACAAGGAGUUUUUCUGCUUCGGCUUCUACAAAAAUGUGAUUGAUCGCAUGAAAAAUCACAAGGAUGCGUUACGGAGUGAGGAUGCAGUAACAAAUCAAAAAAUGUAUGCGAUAUGUGAUAUAGCGAUGCAUCUCAUUGUCACACGAGCUCAAUAUCCAGAAGUGAGGGAAUUCUCACUCGAAUACACACGCAUUCCGGACAUGUACUUUCAGCAGCAGCCCGAAACCUAUCAAAACACUAAAAUUUACGUUCCACUCGACAUGUACAACUUUAACAACACAGUUAGCUCCAAAACGGUGCCUUCGAUUCUCUCAUCAAAAACGGUUAACAAAUCCAUUGUGCAGAAACGUGCAGCAGAAAAUAGCUCAAAGACAGCUGAGAACAAUGGCACGACGACAACAGACACGAAUGGCGAAGAACCACCCGCCAAAAGGACUCUGCGAGGAAAUAAUAACAAUUAAAAAAAAAUUAAAAUAGAAAAGUAUAAAUAAAUUGUAAGUUGUAUAUUUUUAAGCAUCUCAUUUAAAAAAUGAUCAAUAAGUUAAAAUUUAGGUAGUCUCUCAUAACAUAGCAUAGAUAAAGAACAAAAAAAAAAUUAAAGUCCAAAAAAAAUUGUUUGGAAUCCUUUUUAGACCAAAAUUAAGAAAAAUUAUUGUUAAAUUUGUUUCAAUUUCUGAGAUUUUCUAUAAAAAUUGUGAAGAAAAAAAAGUAUUUCAUUGUGUGUCAGCGACUUUUAGGCAACCAAUGAUGGAGAUGUAAAAAAAUUUCAAGCAGUUUUAGUUAUAAACUAUUCUUAAACGAUAAAUUCUUUGUAUACUACAGUAAAAUAUACAAGCAAGAAAACCACAGACAACUAUCAAUUGGAUUCGUAUUUAAUAAAGAUAG